AUGCAUGUCAAAACAGGGCUCUUAUGGGGUGCCUGGGCAAGUGCUACUGCUUCAGCCUGGCCCGGUGACUCCAGUGAGGCAUCAGCCCAGAGAUCGUACAUGUAUGUUGGAGGACACUAUGCUCUCAAUGGUGUUGGCCAGCAUGUCUUCGCCGAUCAGAUGUACGUGGAAAAACUGACACCGGCUGAGGGCUCGACCAAGCCGUAUCCAAUUGUCUUCAUCCACGGACAAGCUCAAACAGGAACCAAUUGGCUCAACAAACCGGACGGAGGAGAAGGCUGGGCCUCUUAUUUCCUCUCCAAAGGGUAUGAGUGCUAUAUCAUCGACCAAACCUUUCGUGGCCGCAGCGCCUGGUUCCCCGACAAUGGAAGGAUGAGCACCUACAGUGCCGAGACUUUGCAGCAGCGCUUUACCGCACCAGAGUUGUAUGGCCUGUGGCCACAGACUUCUCUGCACACCCAAUGGAAUGGGACGGGCGUGAUGGGCGACCCCAUUUUCGACGCUUACUAUUCUUCAACGGUCGAGUUCCUCAGUUCAACAACCGACCAGCAGUCUACCGUCCAAACUGCCGGCGCUGCUCUGCUCGACAUGAUUGGGUCUCCAGUCAUCCUUCUCUCCCAUUCUCAGGGUGGAUUCAUGCCCUGGCUCAUUGCAGAUGUACGCCCAAAACUCGUCCACUCCAUCGUUUCCAUUGAACCCAGCGGCCCUCCCUUCCAAGAUGCAGUCUUCAGCAACUCCUCUACGCGCCUCUACGGGCUCACCGAUAUUCCUCUGACGUACUCACCCGAUUUGACGGAUCCGCUCGACUUCGUGAAACAGGUCAUCCCGUCCAACUCGUCAUUGUACUCCGACUGUGUGAUCCAGGCCGAGUCCCCUGCUCCGAGACAGCUCGUUAAUUUGGUCCAUGUGCCCGUGCUGGUCGUGACAACUGAGUCGUCUUAUCAUGCGCCGUAUGACUGGUGUACAGUCAAAUUCCUCAAGCAGGCAGGUGUCCCAGCACAACAUCUUCAGCUGGCGGAUAUCGGUAUCCAUGGAAAUGGUCAUAUGGUGUUCCUGGAAAAGAAUAGCUUACAAGUUGCCUCGGUUCUGCAGCAGUGGAUGGAGAGGACGUAG